GAAAAACGCAAUUACAUAGCUCACCCCCUACAGGGUAUCUCAUUUUACCGCCAUACGACUUUAUAUGCGUUUUUUGUUAUCAAAAUUGAAAUUUACGAAGUUUUUGGAACGCAUUCCUAUUGGAACGUUCCACAAAUUAAACCCACCCCGUUCCACAAAUUAUACCCACCCACAAACAGACAGACAAUGUAUCUUUGAAUUACACUUAAUCUGAGUACCCUAUUGAAAUGGAAAAUGAUAAACUCCGUUCUCUGGAUAUUACUCUUGCUCGAAAGUGAUCUGAUUGAUGCUGUAAAUGUGUCGGGAAAAGAGGGAAUGAAAGUAACUUUACCGACUGGACUUAAUGACCUACCUAGUGGCACUAUUAUGGCAUGGUCUUUCCCAUUGAGUCGUUCAGAUUCAUUUGAUAACAUAGCGCUGCUGAAUGCUGGUGUGAUUACAACGGACUACAGUAGGAAGUUCAAAGACAGACUGAAGCUGGAUACUCAGACUGGAUCUCUGACCAUCAGAAACCUCACCAUCAGCGACUCUGGACUUUAUAAAAUACUUAUCAUCAAUACACAGAGUUCAUCUAAGAUUGUAAAUCUAACUGUCUAUGUCCCUCAAGUGGACAGUCCAUUUGAAAGCAUGAGCUGUUCCUUGGUGUGCACUGUGAAGAACGGGAGAGAGGUGAUCUUGUCCUGGUACAGAGGAGGGGAGAUUCUCAACCAGACCAGCAGCCCUGAUCUUCUAGCCAAUCUCUCUCUCCCUCUGGAGUUAAACAAAAGAAAUGUUGACACCUACAGCUGUGAGGCUUCCAACCCUGCUGACUCAAAACCAACUCCGCUCAACAUUGAAACGCUCUGUCCUCAAUUGUCCUCACGCUCCACCAUCAAAGGGUCUGGUCGCAAUCCUGUCCCAAUCGCACUGGUUACAUUGUUAGCAUUUGGGAUAAUAAGUGGUGGUAUAUUCUGGGCAGUUAAAAUAAUAAAAUGUGGAGCCUGCAAGCAAAGAGAAGAAGAAGGAUGCUGAUGUGAACUUUCAGAGAUCGGUAAG